UCUUUUUUUGUUUUUUUUGCAGUAGCCGCUCUGAAAAUGAACUAAAUUUUUGUUGCAAACUACUUUUAACCAGGGUUGAAGAGGACUUAUGAAGGACAAAUAAGAUGGAAAUGACAUCUUAUGAAGAAGAGAUUGAUUUCAUUAAACUUAAUUUAGAAGAUGCCCUCAUUGAUAUUCAUCAAAGUGGCCUAGUUCCAGAUCAAUUGAAUGAUCAAUAUUCAAUUCAAGAUAUUCAAACUGAUCUACAUCAAUUGGAAACUUACUAUAAAAAAGGUCAAUUAUAUGAAAUGUUAAUCAUGAUUCCUAAAUUCAGAAUGUUAAAGGCCAUCCCUCCUGAACUUCAUUUUCUCUUUGGUAUGACGUUCUUUGGGUUAGGUAGGAUAAAACCAGCUUUAAGAUCAAUAACAUUAUCAAUUGAACUUCAAUUCAUUCCAGAAAAGAAACGAAUGUUUCUAUUACAUCUUCAAUAUAUAUUCAUGAAGCUUAAUAUGGAAGAUCGUGGUUUGAAAUGUGCAGGGGAAAUAAUGGAAACUUCUAAAGCGGAAUUAUUUGAGAAUUCAACUCAUGAUUUUAUUAAUAGUAGAGAUAGAUUCUUAUAUGAUCAAGAUUGUUUAAAGAAGUUAUUGAAUAAGUCAGAUAAUAUAACUCAAAGUUUUGAACCUCAUUUCCAAGCUCUUCAUCUUCAAGCUGAAUCAAUUAUAAAUAUGGGUGGUGUUAUAGUUGAUAAUUCAUUAGGUAAAUUAUGUAUGAAGAUUAAUCAAGAUCUAUUAUUUGUAUAUCUGAAUUUAAUGGAUUGGAUGAAUGAAAGAACUCAAAUUCAAGCAAUGGAAUCUACUAGUUUAAUCCUUUUCAAUUCUAUCUUAUCAUUAUGUCCAUUAUACUUAUUUAAAGAUAUUAUUAAAGGAGAAAAGUUUUUAGCAUCUUAUUUAAAUAAUCAACUUUCCUAUGCCGUUAUUAAUUUAGAACAUUUGAAUUAUAAUUUAGAACCAGUGACUUUAAUAUCAAGAUUAAGAAAACUUAAAGGUACCAGAGAAACUUGGUCAAUGGUUGAACUUAUGGUGAUUCAUAAAACUAUUUUAGGUUUUAUUCCUUAUUAUAAACAAGAUUAUCAACAAGCUGAAAAAGAGUUUGAAUGGGUUCAUAAAUUCUUAAUUAAAUUAGAUGAAUAUCUUAUUAUACCUCCUGAUAAUAAUAUUUUAACACCUAAGACUGCUCAAAUUAUUCUUAUUUAUAUUGGAUAUUGUAAGAGUUAUAGUCCAACUGUUCAUUUAAAAUCAAAUUUAGUUAAAUAUCUCACAACUCUGGCUACAUCAUUAAAUGAAAGUUUAGACAAUGAAGAAGAGAAUCCUGAUCAAGAUGGUUUUAAUAUCCAGAGUAAAGUUCAUAUCACUUAUGCAUUAAUUUCAGAACAAUUAGCUAAAUUAGAAUCUAAACUGAUUAUUAUUGAAGAUGAAUAUGGUGGUGAGAAAUGUGCUUUACAAUAUGAUAAAAGAAGAUUAUUAAGUCUGGUAUAUAACUAUAUUCAAAAUUUAAGUUAUGUAUAUGAUGAUGAUUAUAUGAUAGUUCCUAUUUAUGAUCGAAUUUUAUGGUGUUUAUUAAUGAUUGGAGGGGUUCAUUUAAGAACUCUUUAUUUCUUUUAUAUGUUAAGAAAUCAUUAUUUAAUUAAAUCAGAUUGCCAUUAUAUUUAUCCUACUAAUAAUGAUGAUUAUAGACUUAUUAAUCAUGAAAAUAUCCUUAAUAAUUAUGAAAAUGCUUGGGAUAUAAUUGAUAAGAUUUGUUCAGUGGUUGUUACCACAAAAGUAGAAGAAACCAAUGAUAUUUGGAGUUCAAUUCAUGGUAAUGUAUUAUUAAUCCCUCAAGUUUAUGAAUUAUCAAAUCGAUUAGUAUUAUUAUCUGAAUCUUAUGAAAUUAAAAAUGAUGAUAAACAAUAUAUUGAAUCAACUUCAGGUCAAAUUGCCCCAAAAACUAAAUCAUGUCUUAAGAAACUGGUAAGUCAAGAUUUUGCUGACACUAUUGAUGAGAGUAAAGAAUUAAUUAAGACAUGGGUCAAUUCAUUCAAAUUACAACAUAAGUCAAUACCUGAUAUAGUAAGUACUCUUAUAUAGAUCUAUAAUAAUAAAAUUCAUAUAGUAUCGUCGUCUAAUAAUCCGGAGGCCGCACAUGACAUCAACUGUGGUAAUAAAAAUUGGCAG